CAGCUGACCUGAGCUCCUCCCCCUCAGCUUUCAGCCUCUGGAACAGACGAUCUCUGGCCCAGGAUCUCAACCUGCGUACUGACUGAAGAUGAGUGGUCCUGAGGAGGAAGAGGAGGAUAGAGCAGAGCCUCCAGGGUUCAGCUGUGUGUCUCUGAAGAGUGACUGGUCCAUGGGAGAUCCUCCAAACUUCAGUGAAGAACCUGGACCCUCAAACACAAAAGGUCAGGACCAUAGACUAGGAGCAGAGUCUCCAGGGUCCAGCCAUCUGUCUCUGAAGAGUGACUGGUCCAUGGGAGAUCCUCCAAACUUCAGUGAAGAACCUGGACCCUCAAACACAAAAGGUCAGGACCACAGACUGAGAGCAGAGUCUCCAGGGUCCAGCUGUCUGUCUCUGAAGAGUGACUGGUCCAAAGGAAAUCCUCCAGACUUCAGUAAUGAACCUGGACCCUCACACACAGAGGAGAGGAAGAGGAGGCAUGUUUCUGAGGAGGAGCAGUCGUCCUGCUGUGCUUCGUGUCAGGACGUCCUGAAGGAUCCAGUCUCCACCAGCUGUGGACACUGGUUCUGCAGACAGUGCAUCACCUCAUACUGGGACCAGUCUGGUUCUUCAGGAGACUCCUCCUGUCCCCAGUGUGGACAAAGAUCCAGAACAGGAGCUGGAGCUCAGACAGCCGAUCGUGGUCUGCAGGAGGUUUUAGAUGAACAUAAGCUCAGUCUGAGGAGGAGAUGUGAACAUGUGACUGAAGGAAGUGAUGAAACAGGAAGUAGAAGCCUCCUCAACAGGAUCUACACUGAGCUCUACAUCACAGAGGGACAGAGUGAAGAGGUUAAUACUCAACAUGAGGUGAGGCAGCUUGAGACAGCUUCGAAGAUAAAGAUCCUCCACGACACUCCCAUCAAGUGCCACGACAUCUUUAAAGCCUCCACUGACCAGCACAGCAGCAUCAGAGUCGUCCUGACCAACGGCGUCGCUGGCGUUGGAAAAACCUUCUUGGUGCAGAAGUUCACUCUGGACUGGGCAGAGGGUUUAGAAAACCAGGAUGUGGGUCUGCUGUCUGUGCUUUCCUUCAGGGAGCUGAACCUGGUGCAGGACCAGCAGCACAGUCUCCUCAUGCUGCUCCGUGUUUUCCAUCCAGCGUUACAGAAGCUCACGGCAGAGACGCUCGCUGUCUGUAAACCUUUGUUCAUCUUUGACGGCCUGGAUGAAAGCAGACCUUCUCUGGACUUCAACCACAGCGAGCUUGUGUCUGAGGUCACACAGAGGUCAUCAGUCAACGUGCUGCUGACAAACCUCAUCCGGGGGAAUCUGCUUCCCUCGGCUCUAGUCUGGAUAACCUCCAGACCUGCGGCGGCCAAUCAGAUCCCUCCUGCAUGUGUUGACAGGGUCACAGAAGUACGAGGCUUCACUGACGCCCAGAAGGAGGAGUACUUCAGGAGGAGAUUCAGUGAUGAAGAGCUGUGCAGCAGAAUCAUCUCACACAUCAAGAUGUCCAGGAGCCUCCACAUCAUGUGUCAAAUCCCAGUCUUCUGCUGGAUCAGUGCUACAGUUCUGGAGCACAUGUUGACCACAGACCAGAGAGGAGAGCUGCCAAAGACCCUGACUGACCUGUACUCACACUUCCUGCUGGUUCAGACAAAGAGGAAGAACAAGAAGUACGGUGAGGGACAUGAGACGGCUCCACAGCAGCUGACGGAGGCUGACAGGGACGUUCUCCUGAAGCUGGGGAGGCUGGCACUUAAACAUCUGGAGGAAGGAAACGUCAUGUUCUACCAAGAAGACCUGGAGCAGUGUGGUCUUAAUGUCACAGAGGCCUUUGUGUACUCAGGAGUUUGUACUGAGAUCUUCAGAAGAGAGUGUGUGAUCUUCCAGAAAUCAGUCUACUGCUUUGUUCAUCUUAGCAUUCAGGAGUUUCUGGCUGCAGUCUACAUGUUCCACUGUUACACCGAGAGGAACACAGAAGAACUCAACAACUUCUUGGGAACAUAUGGGAACACAGACAGUACCUUCUCCCUGGAUGACCUCCUGAAGAGAGCCAUGGAGAAAUCCCUCACCAGUACAAAUGGUCAUCUGGACCUGUUUGUUCGCUUCCUUCACGGCCUCAGUCUGGAGUCCAACCAGAGAGUCUUAGGAGGCCUGCUGGGUCGGACAGAGAACAAUCCAGAGGUCAUCCAGAGAGUUAUCACCAACCUGAAGAAGAUGAAGAGUGAUGACAUUUCUCCUGACAGAAGCAUCAACAUCUUCCACUGUCUGAUAGAGAUGAAUGACCACUCAGUUCAUCAGCAGAUGCAACAGUUCCUGACAUCAGAGAACACAUCGAAGGAGGAACUCUCUGAGAUCCACUGCUCAGCUCUGGCCUAUAUGCUGCAGAUGUCAGAGGAGGUUCUGGAUGAGUUGGACCUGAAGAAGUUCAACACAUCAUACCAGGGUCGAUGGAGACUGAUCCCAGCUGUGAGGAACUGCAGGAAGGCUCGACUCAGUGGUUGUCGACUCUCAGAGACUCACUGUGAAGUUGUGGCCUCAGCUCUGAAGUCAGACCCCUCACAUCUGAGAGAACUGGAUCUGACUGACAACGAGCUGCAGGAUUCAGAAGUGAAGCUGCUGUGUUCUGGACUGGAGAGUCCAAACUGUCGACUGGAGACUCUGAGGUUGAAGGGCUGCAGUCUGUCAGAGAUCAGCUGUUCUUCUCUGGCUUCAGCUCUGAGGUCAAACCCCUCUCAUCUGAGAGAACUGGAUCUGACUGACAACAAGCUGCAGGACUCAGGAGUGAAGGAGCUGUGUGGUUUUCUACAGAGUCCAACCUGUCGACUGGAGACCCUGAGGUUGGGGGACUGCAGACUGUCAGAGAUCAGCUGUUCUUCUCUGGCUUCAGCUCUGACGUCAAACCCCUCUCAUCUGAGAGAACUGGAUCUGAGUAAUAACAACGACCUGCAGGACUCAGGAGUGAAGGAGCUGUGUGGUUUUCUACAGAGUCCAACCUGUCGACUGGAGACUCUGAGGUUGAUUCUCUGCAGUCUGUCAGAGAUCAGCUGUUCUUCUCUGGCUUCAGCUCUGAGGUCAAACCCCUCUCAUCUGAGAGAUCUGGAUCUGAGUAACAACGACCUGCAGGACUCAGGAGUGAAGGAGCUGCUUGAUCUACAGCAGAGUCCAACCUGUCGACUGGAGACUCUGAGUAGGUGGUCUUUUUGAAGGUGAGUGUGAAGAGGACAGUGUGUGGACGGAGGCUGGAUCUGCUGCUGCUCUGUCCUUUUACUCACAAAAGUCAAAGUCGUAAAUAUUUCCAAGUUAUGUGCAGAAAAAUGCAUUAAAAAUUUAAAGCAAAUUUUGUUUUCUAAUGUAAAAAGUGACAUUAUAUUUACUGGUCGUGACAUGAAACUGUGAGCAGUCGCUGUUAUAAAUUAAUAACUGCUAAGUUCAGACAAGCUUCUUAUAUUUUAAACAGUUUCACCCUGAUCCUGCUGACGGCAGCGUGUUAGCAUGUUGUGUUGAGAACUAAAGACAUCAGGUGAAAACCAUGAGCACUGCAGGGAAUCAGAAAGUGUAAAGUCGUGUUAUCUGAACACAGAUUGAUGAGACCAGGCUGUAAAUAAGAUGCUCAGUACAUUGAAGUAUAAAGUCAACAGUGAUUUCUAAGAGUCGAUGUAAAUAAAGAAGAAAAGAUGAUGACGAGAUGAAGAACUUAUUCAGAAGAAUCAUUUAUAUACAGUCUCUGAUUGUACUUCACGCACAGACCUCACUACGUCCAGGACAUGAUGUCAUCACUUGUUUUAUCAAUGAUUGUUGAUUAAUCUGAGUAUGAACUCAUUCAGGUUAAGUUCAUCAGAACAUACUGUUUAUACGUUAGUGUCUUAUUCAGAUUAUUGUCUUAAUCUGGUUGAUACCAGAAUAUUGUAUCCAUGGAAACGUCAAGUUUAGGAUUCAUGACCUGUACUGCAGCCAGCCACCAGGGGGCGAUGCAGAUCAUUAAUUUUCAUCUUUAUUUAGUCUAAAUUUUAAUGUUUUUAUUUCACGGUGUUUUAUUGAAUCACGUCAGAUAAGAUCUUCUCUGUAAAGUCGCAGGUGACGGAUCUGACCUGAGUUUGAGUUUCUCACUUUCCAUGUUUCACUGUUUAACGGUAGAAGGUCGAAAAUCUCAGCUUCAAAUGAUUUAAUUCAACUGCUGCAGGAAACUACAAAAUCCAGUUUGAUCAUCACAGAAACGUCUCUUUCAAACCUCAGGUUGUUUUAUUGCCUUGUAAAAUUGUGAGGCUUCUUUAUUUACAUGAAUCAUUUCUUUAUUUUUACAUGAAAAUAAACAGCUUCCACUUCAUUAAAGAUUAAAUUCUCUGACAUCACAUGACUCACUGAGGCUGUGGCGGCGUCUUGUCAUGAGGGCGAAGGGGCGAACACACAUUUACAUGAUGGAUCAGACACAUGGCACCGUUUGGUAAAUGAGGCCCGACACUUAUUGUCUAGUGUCACUGUGUCGUGUCACCACUGUUUACAACGAUGUCUUUUUAAUGUUGAAAUGAGUUGUUCCAUUUUGUCCUGAAUAAAGCAUCCCAUUAAUUCAUUAAUCAAA